AUGGAUCAGAGAUUGGAAAAACUCGAACAGUGUCAGAAGGAGAUGCAGGACCGACUUCAGCUACAGGUGCAGGAGCGGUUAGACAAGAUGAAACAAGAGAUGUCUGAGAAGAUGCAAGAAUCCCAAGAAGAUAUAGUGGCAAAAUUAACCCAACUGGAAAGAAUGAAGGAAGAGUUACCAAAGCAACUAGAGGAAAUGUGCAAAUGGCUCGAGGAGAAAUUCAGGGCAAUGGAAGUCACCAAAAGCUAUCGUGGGAUUGACGCUAAAGAGCUGAGUUUAGAGUGGGAAGAUCGAUACGGGAAGAUCAGUCUUGAAGAGGAAGGAGAGCGAGGUGAACAACAUGAGCAUGUACAGCAAGGGUUACUCGAGGUGCAGAAAAUCCAUUACCCAAUCAUGAUUGAGGAUGGAGGGACUGCAAUGUAUGAAGGAGUGGUGAGAAAUUUGCACAUCGAUGCCAUAUUUGCAGACACAUUUAAAAGGAUCCUUGUUAGAUAUUCGCCGUAG